GGACGCACCAUGACUCAGAGUUCGAGAUUUUGGAAAAGGACGAUAAUCUUCUGUAUUAUUCUGGGUCUAUUUCAUGGUGGGUACUCAAACACCAUCACUGCUGCCACUAAUCAAGAUGUAACACUACCAUCCGGGGUUCAAGGACAGAUAGAUGAAAUUCUAUGGAAGUACAGAGGCAACAAGAUGGUGGAGUGGGACAAGGCAACUGGAGAUAUCACUGAAUAUUUAACAUUCAAAGGACGGACCAAGUUGGACACAAGAACUGGUGAUGUAACUAUUGUAAAACUAACCGAAGGUGACAGUGGACUGUAUGAAGCAGAAGUGGUUAUCGGUACAGAAUUAAAAAGUAUUAAGUACGAAGUUAAAGUAAUUGAUCCUGUGGCAGGAGCAAAGAUUACCUGUAGCAACAGUGCUUCUACAACAACACUACACUGUGAAGCAGAGGGUGAUUUGCUGAGUUUCAGCUGGUCAGGACCUGGACUACAGACAGAGAUAAGGGGUCAGACUGGACCACAGAUCACUAAGGAAAAGGACCAGAACUCAGUCUACACCUGUGCAGUGAACAACGCAGUUAGCAACAUCAGUGUGGACUACAAAGCCAGUGGCUGCUUUGCCUCAGAUGCAGGAAAUCUUCAGCUCAUCGUAGGUGUAGUAUGUUCUGCUGUUGUUGCUGCUGCUGCUGCUGCUGCUGCUGGGUUUGGCUAUUAUCGCUGCAGGAAGUCAAAAGGGCAGAAAAAUGCUGGGAUUGAGACAGAAUCUGAGUCGGAAGGAGAUGAGCAAAGAGGGCAGAAAGAUGCUGAGAAUUCUAAAACAUCAGAGACCCAAGGAGGAGAUGAUGGGGAACCAUUGCUGACUGUUGAAGGUAGAGGUGAUCCUGAAGGGCAAAAAUAUGAUGGGAUUCACAGCAAAUUAAAGACCAAAGGAGGAGAUGAUGGGGAAUCAUUGCUGACUGGUGAAGAUGGGGGUGAUUCCGAAGACAAGAUAGGUGAAAAAAAUGCUACAGAGGACAUAAGGGGCGCAUGUUCAGGUCAUGUUAAAAAGAUAACACAAACAUUGGAAGGAAAGGCUGGGGACAACCAGACAAAUCCAACUCAAGUUAACAUUGGGCAGAGUAACAAGCAUGACACAAGAAAGCCUCAAGCAUUCCAGCAUUUUCACUCUCCCACUGGGCAAACAGAUGGUAGGAAUGAGAAUGAACAUGAUACCAGUGGAAAUGAGAAAAUAUCAAAUCUAGAAGCAGAGGAAAAAGAAGCAAACAGUGACUCAGGACAGAUAAACACUGGGAGUGAGAAUGAACAUGAGUCCAGUGGAGAUGAGAAAAUACCAAACCCAAAAGCAGAGGAGAAAGAACAAAACAGUGAUACGCCAGGGCAGAUAGGCGCUGGGGAUGAGACUGAACAUGAGACCAAAGGAGAUCAGAAAACACCAAGCCCAAAAGCAAAGGAGAAAGAACAAAGCAGUGACAUGACAGACCAGAAGAAAGGGGAUGGUGGUGAUACUGAAGGCAAGAUAGGUGAUGAAAAUACUGCAGAGAUCAAAAGAGGUGCAUCUCUAGGUCAUGUUCAAAGGGCAAGACAAAAGUUUGAAGGACACCUAGAAGCUGAAGGGCAGAAAGGCACUGGGUGGGAGAACGAACAUCAGUCCAGUGGAGAUGAGAAAAUACCAAACCCAAAAGCAGAGGAGAAAGAACAAAACAGUGACUUGACAGGGCAGAACAACAGAGAUGGAGGUGAUACUGAAGGCAAGAUAGGUGAUGAAAAUGCUGCAGAGAGUAAAAGAGGUGCAUCUCCAGGUUAUGUUCAAAGGGCAAAACAAAGGUUUGAAGGACACCUAGAAGCUGAAGAACAGAUAAACACUGGGGGUGAGAAUGAUUAUGAGUCCAAUGGAGAUCAGAAAAUACCAAAUCCAAAAGCAGAGGAGAAAGAACAAAACAGUGAUACACCAGGGCAGAAAGGCGUUGGGGGUGAGAAUGAACAUGAGCCCAGUGGAGAUGAGAAAAUACCAAACCCAGAAGCAAAGGAGAAAGAGAAAAACAAUGACUUGACAGGGCAGGAAGAUGGUGGGAUUGAGAACAAAUUUGAGCCCAAAGGAGGAGAUGAAGAUGAUGCUCAAGGCAGCAGCGAUGACGAAAAGGGUGCAGAGAACAAUACAGGUGCAGUUCAAGCUCAGAUAGACGCUGGAGAUGAGAAAGAACAUGAGACCAGAGGAGAUGAGAAAAUACCAAACCCAGAAGCAGAGGAGAAAGAACAAAACAGUGAUACGACAGGGCAGGAAGAUGGUGGGAUUGAGAACAAAUUUGAGGCCAAAGGAGGAGAUGAAGAUGAUGCUCAAGGCAGCAGCGAUGACGAAAAGGGUGCAGAGAACAAUACAGGUGCAGUUCAAGCUCAGAUAGACGCUGGGGAUGAGAAAGAACAUGAGACCAGAGGAGAUGAGAAAAUACCAAACCCAGAAGCAGAGGAGAAAGAACAAAACAGUGAUACGACAGGGCAGGAAGAUGGUGGGAUUGAGAACAAAUUUGAGCCCAAAGGAGAUGAAGAUGAUGCUCAAGGCAACAGAGGUGAAGAAAAGAGUGCAAAGAAAGACACAGGUGCAGGUCAAACAAGUUAACCCUGGGCAGUGUAAAAGGCAUGACUCAUCAAAUCCACAAACAUGCCAAAAGAGACAAAUGUUGCUGAUGAAGCCACUCCAGUUUAGCUCAGAUGAGCCGCCCUCAUCACAUUCAACAUGGACCGUUCAGGUAGAGCCCAGAUUUCAGCAAAAGAUGGCCCCUGAGAACACUCAAGUUGAAUGAAAUCAGUGACCCAAGGAAAUAGAAACAAAAACAUUGAGGUAGGAUCACCUGUACACACAGAUGAUUGCUGUGAAAAUGAAAACAACACUAAUAGAGGUGGAUUUACACUACGUGUGAUGUUAAACUUAAAAUAAAAAGCUAAAAGGUCACUUGAACCUGGAAGCUGGACACACACACACACACACACACACACACACACACACACACACACACACACAUACACACACACACACACACACCAAAAUAACAUCAUAAUGCUGGUCUCUAGAAUUAAAUACUAUCAAUAUUGUAAAUUCACAGAUUUCAUAGUCGCAGAUUGGUUUUGCAAUGAAUAUUAAUCUUGCAGGGUCACUAUUUACAAGAAUGCAACUAGCUUUCUUUAAAUUAUUUUCCAUUAUGCAUUUGAUGUCAACAGGAACUCAAUGAGGCUACGAUAUAGACUAUUCAAAGUGUUUCUGCACCAUUGUUUUAUAUGUGACAUUGCUAGCAUGCAGUGUUACGUAUAACAACAUCAAAUUAUAUGAUGUUAUGUCUCUAUAUGCAUGAGCAGGUGAAGAUGAAGUGUUGAUUUCGGACAGGUUAUAGGACAUUUGGCUAUAGAGUUGUUCUGUCAUUUGGAAUAGCCUACUAAUACCGUAACUAAUUUAGGUUACGUCUGUAGCCCACUUUGCCCCUCCCUGUUUGUUGCUGGAAAGAGCUGACUAUUGUUUGUUUAUAUUGUUCAUAUCACCAUUUGCAUACAGUAAGCCAAAAUUGUAUGGUAAGGCCAGCAUUAGUUAAGAAUAAAAGGGUGUUUGCCGGACUCCUGCUGGACUCGUGCACAAUCCCGAGAAACAAGUCAGAGACACUAGAGACCCCACCAAACACAGUCUUUAUUGCAAUUUUUUCAUGCAAAUUUCAUUUUAGGAAUGGUGUCAUUAAUUGUGGAGGUAUUUCCUUGUCUUUGCAUACAAUCAAUGACCAUAUUUGUUUAUUUGUUGUUUAUGUGUUAAGUUUAUAAAAACAUUUUUACUUUCAA